CCGGCUGUUAUGGAGACCCGCGGCGCGAGCGGGCGGCGAUGAUGGGUAGCAAUGGCCCGGGCGGGCGGCUGCAGCGACGCGGCGGCCCCGGAGCGCGCGGGGGGCGCGGCGCGGGCCGAGCCGUGGGAGCUGUCCCUGGAGGAGGUGCUGAAGGUGUACGAACAGCCCAUCAACGAGGAGCAGGCCUGGGCCGUGUGCUUCCAGGGCUGCCGCGGGCUGCGGGGAGCGCCGGGCGGCGGGCGCCGCAUCCGGGACACGGCGGACAUCCUCCUGCGCAGGGACGGCUCGGUCGGCGCGCGGCGGGAGCCCGAGCCCACAACCAUGGUGGUACCACCAGCCAGCUCCGAAGCCCAGAUGGUGCAGUCACUGGGCUUUGCCAUCUAUCGUGCACUGGACUGGGGGCUGGAUGAGAGUGAGGAGCGUGAACUCAGCCCACAGCUGGAGCGGCUCAUUGACCUCAUGGCCAACAGCGACUGUGACGACAGCAGCUGCGGAGCAGCAGAUGAAGGCUAUGGGGGUCCAGAGGAGGAGGAGGAGGCUGAAGGCAGCCCCCGUGCUGUGCGCACCUUCACCCAGGCCAUGCGACUGUGUGCAGCACGCCUGACGGACCCCCAUGGCGCACAAGCCCAUUACCAGGCUGUGUGCCGUGCGCUCUUUGUGGAGACACUGGAGCUGCGGGCCUUCCUGGCCCGGGUCCGAGAGGCCAAGGAGAUGCUGCAGAAGCUGGGGGAGGAUGAGCCGCGGGUGGAGAAGCCACUGGCUGAGCUUGACAACCUGGGACACACGGACUGGGCCCGGCUGUGGGUCCAGCUCAUGCGGGAGCUACGCCAUGGGGUGAAGCUAAAGAAGGUGCAGGAGCAAGAGUUCAACCCCCUGCCCACUGAGUUCCAGCUCACCCCCUUCGAGAUGCUGAUGCAGGACAUCCGUGCCAGGAACUACAAGCUGCGUAAGGUCAUGGUUGAUGGGGACAUCCCUCCCAGGGUGAAGAAGGAUGCACAUGAGCUCAUUCUGGACUUCAUCCGUUCCCGACCUCCACUGAAGCAGGUCUCUGAGAGACAACUUCGCCCAUUACCACAGAAGCAGAGGACCCUGCAUGAGAAGAUCUUAGAGGAAAUCAAACAGGAGCGGAGGCUGCGUCCGGUGGGAGGCCAGCACUUGGGUGCCCGUGGGUUUGGCUCUCUGCCCUGUAUCCUCAACGCCUGCUCCGGGGAUGUCAAGUCCACUUCCUGCAUCAACCUGUCUGUUACGGAUGCCGGGAGCAGCAGCCAGCGUCCAAGGCCCCGUGUUCUGCUUAAAGCCCCUACCUUAGCAGAGAUGGAGGAGAUGAACACAUCUGAGGAAGAAGAGUCUCCAUGUGGGGAGGUGACGCUGAAGCGGGAUCGCUCUUUUUCGGAACAUGACCUGGCCCUGCUCCAGAGCGAGGUGGUGUCUGGCCUGCAGCCGGCCUCUCAGCCCCCGGGAGGGAUGGAGCCACCCCGGCCCCGAGCAGGCAGCGUGCACACCUGGAGGCCCAGCACUCGAGACCAGGUUUCCUGUCCUGUGAGUAUCCAGUCCUGGACUGACCCCAGCUCUCCCCCACUCAGCAGACUAAGCUCACUGGACAGACCAGAGGCUUCUCCACCAGACACCAGACACCUGUGGCUGGAGUUCAGCCAUCCUGUGGAAAGCCUGGCCUUGACCGUGGAGGAGGUGGUGGAUGUGCGUCGUGUACUGGUGAAGGCUGAGAUGGAGAAGUUUGUCCAGGACAAGGAGCUCUUCAGCAGCCUGAAGAGGGGGAAGAUUUGCUGCUGCUGCCGAGCCAAGUUCCCACUGUUCUCCUGGCCACCCACCUGUCUCUUCUGCAAGAGAGCCGUCUGCACUUCCUGUAGCAUAAAGAUGAAGAUGCCUUCCAAGAAGUGUGCACACAUCCCUGUCUACACGCUGGGCUUUGAGAGUCCUCAGAGGAUAUCCACUGCCAAAGCCACGCCAACACAGAGGAAAGAUGCCUUCCAAUCCCUGCAAGGGCCACAGUGGAGGAGUGUGGAGGAGGAGUUCCCUCAUAUCUAUGCUCAUGGCUGUGUCCUGAAGGAUGUCUGCAGUGAUUGCACCAGUUUUGUGGCCGAGGUAGUGCGUUCCAGCCGCAAGAGUGUGGAUGUCCUCAACGCCACUCCACGCCGAAGCCGCCAGACCCAGUCUCUCUAUAUCCCCAACACCAGGACUCUUGACUUCAAGUGACUGCCCAAGAUGUCCAGGCCUCAGGGAGGCACUUAACCCAGGCUUGCCCCAGUCCUGGGGCACAGCUACCUGCCUACUGUCCUGGACUGAGCAUGUACAUAUAUACAUAUAUAGAUACAUUUAUA